AACAAAUCAAAAAAAAAAAAAACUUUUUCUUCUUUUGUGGAAGUGCUCAACCAAUAAAAAAAUAAUUUCGAUUAUUUCAAAAACAAAAUUAACACUGGAAGUUAAUUUUUUCAUUUUGAAUAAAAGGUCACAAUAAAUUUAACAAUUGAUAUGCCAUAAUGGAUCCACAAACAGCUCUAGUCCUAGCAAUUCAAUUGAUUGCAUUAUUUUCAAUAGCUGGUGCAUUAUUACUUUAUUUAUUGUGUAAAGUACGUUCAACACAAACUAGAAUAUCUGGUCCACAAAAUGGUACAAUAUUAAUAACAAGUGUUGAUACAGCAUUAGGUUUACAAUUGGCAACACAUUUAGCAAAUCGUGGUUGCCGUGUUUUUGCUGGUAUGAAAGAUGCUAUUGAUUCAUUACCAGCUAAAUUAUUGAAAAAUUGGAUGAAAAUGCGUGAAAGUUCUGAAGUGCCAAUACAAGGAUCAAUUGUACCAAUGCAAUUAGAUGUUACCAGAGAAGAUAUAUUACGUGAAGCUGUUGAUGCAAUGGGUGCACAUAUGAAUGCUAGUGAACGUGGUAUUACAGCUGUUAUUAAUACUGCUGGUACAUUAUUUCGGGGUCGUGUCGAAAAUCAAGAUGUACAACAAUGGGAAACAAUGUUAAAAACAAACAUAUUAGGUUCAUUAAGAGUUGCUAAAGCUUUUAUUGGAUUAUUAAAACCGACACGAGGUCGUUUAAUUUAUUUGGGAGCUGGUAAUCGUGGUGAUGGUUUAGUUGCAUUUACUGCAUCAAAAGUUGCUGUAGAAAGUUGUGCUGAUGAAUUAAGAAAAGAAUUACAACCAUAUGGUGUUAGUGUCGUUAAAUUAGAUACAAAUGGUGUACCUGCUGAAUCAUUAUAUAGAGCUCCAAUACCAUAUAAUAUUUCUCCAGAUUGUGAUGGUGCUCCAACACAAUAUUCAGCUGAAGUUUUAACAGCAAGUGCUUUACAAGUUAUUGAACAUGCAUUAUUCGAUUUAAGGCCACAUGAACGAUAUGAAUUGGCCGUACCAAAUAGCAAAUUUCAUUUAACGUUGCCAUGUCGAUCAUCAUUCCGUUUCAAAACUGAUAUUGCUGGUGUACAAAAAGUUUAAGAAGAAAAAAUAUAAGAAUAAAAUGUUAAAAUAAUGGAAUCUAUUUAACCCUUUACGGCCAAUUAUUUUUUUUUUUUGUUUGUUUUAAAAAAUACUUGUGUAUAUGUGUAAUUUUUAUUUUAUAUUCUUAUAAUUAAAAAAUAAAUUUAAGUUUUUUUUUAAUAAUUUGAGUUGAUUACGAUGAAAAAUUUUUGUUUUUCAUUUAAAGUCAUGAAGGUAGUAAAUGAACAUUCAUGUUUGUAUGACGUUUUCCAUGCUUUGUAAAUUAUUAAGUAAUGCAAGUGCAAAUUAUAAAUCGUUGUCAAUCUUAAAACAUUAAAUUUUAAAUUUAACUUUAAUGUAGAAACGUUUUCGUUCUGCAAACUACAAUUCUAAAUAAUAUUUUCUAUCACCUGCGUAACUUUUUAAGAAGCUUAUCAAAAAUUUCAAUUUCACCUUGACAGUAUCAUUUUUUCUACAAAUUAGUAAUGAUGCCUUUUAGACGUUUCGGGCUUAUUUUAAAUCUGAAAUCAUUAAAAAUUACCUAGUUUAAAUUUAUUAAAUUGUCGAAAAUAAUAGAAAACCUUAUACAUAACAUGGAUUUAAAAAUUACAUAUAUGCCUAAAUUAUAAAAUGUAAAAAUUAUUAAGAAAAAAAAUAUGUUCAAACAAAAUAUGGAAACGAAAUUUCAAAAUUUUAACUACAAUUUUUUAGUAGU